CCGCGCUGACCUUGCGGCCGAGCGGCGCGGCGGUGUCGGGCGGCACCAUGGUGGCCUAUUGGCGGCAGGCCGGCCUCAGUUACAUCCGCUACUCGCAGAUCUGCGCGCAGGUCGUCAGGGCAGCCAUGAAGCCGCAGUACAAAGCCGAGGCGGAGCGGGUGGCCGCSGCCACCGUGAAGACGGUGAAGCCCAAGAAGGAAUGAGGUGGAGGAACUGGUGAAUACUGUAACAGCAAGCUACAAAGCUAUAGGCGAGCUCAAGACUCUGCAAUAUAACAUCAUCACAGUAACUGUACAACUUGCUGGUGUAUGUAAAUCAGCGUCCUAAUAAAUGUCACUCAACAAACAGAUGCAUCUGUGGCAAGUGUUCUUUAAACGGAUGAGAUAUUCUAUUUUGCAGAGAUCUUUAUCUUGUCUUAAAAACUUAAUGCUCACAAUGCUAUUUCAGGUAUAUCACAGAGGGUGAGAUUCAACUGUGGUUUAAAAUUUAGCUUGCUUCAGUUCA